GUAUCAGAAUCAGAGAUCCUGCGUGAUCUUGUCUUUGUCUUUCAGGGAAUUGAUGGACAGUACAUUAGGUUGGAUACCGUAACAAACGAGUACCAUAUCAAUAAGCAGACUUUGCCUCUAUCUCUACCCAAGGAGGAACUCAUCUAUCGACUGACGGCCACAGGCUGGCUGUUUAUUCACGUAAAGGCAUUUGUCGACACCCACAUGCACAAUAAUACCACAAGUCUUGUCGUUCAGUCACUCUGCGCUGCCAUUCAAAGUCAAUUGACGGACUAUUACCGAUUGAUCGCUAUUCUUGAAGCCCAAGUCGAAAAACAGUUACUGGACAAACACACGAGCCUUACAGAACAGAGCUUAACUCUCAAGCGUCUACUUGUCUGGAUGGAGGAAUCAAAUAAUAAAUUAAGACUCAUGAACACCCUUUUAGACGCUUGUGAAGGUCAGAAAGGAGGCGCCAUGCUUACGAUACUGCACAACUAUACAAAGCAUGGUGACCCAUUUGCCAGAACCUUUGUCACGCAGAUGCUCCGGUCAGUGUCCAAGCCAUUUUACGAUAUGCUUCAGCGUUGGGUAUUUGAAGGCGAACUGAACGAUCCAUAUGAAGAGUUCUUUGUCGCCUGUGAUAUGAAUGUGCCGGAAGAAGAUCUUUGGCAACGCAAGUACUCGAUACGUGAACCUAUGUUACCUUCCUUCUUCUCAAAGGACCUUGCUCAAAAGAUCUUUGCUAUUGGAAAAUCACUUAAUUUUAUGCGUUGUAGCUGUCAUGGUAUAGAUGCUCAAUAUGAUGUACCUGCUAAUGCGGCAGAUGUGUUCAAGUAUGGUGAAAUACAGACGAUGGAAAGAACGAUUGAUGCAAUCUAUAUGGACACCAGCAAAACAUUGCUUAAUUUACUCAAAACAAAGUAUAAACUGAUGGACCACUUGCGUGCUUUGAAGCGAUAUAUGUUAUUAGGCCAAGGUGAUUUCAUUCAAUAUCUCAUGGAUGGUUUAGGAGCUACACUCAACAAACCUGCCACCACUCUGCUUCGUCACAACCUUACGAGCGUACUUGAAACAGCCAUUCGGUCAUCCAAUGCACAAUACGACGACCCAGCGAUCCUUAACCGACUGGACGUUCGACUACUCAAGAUUCAAAACGAUGAUAUCGGUUGGGACGUAUUCACUCUCGACUAUCGCAUGGAAACACCCAUCAACACAGUCAUCAAUGCCAAUUCUAUGCUUCAAUACCUCCAAGUCUUUAAUUUUCUCUGGCGCUUGAAGCGUGUUGAAUACACCUUGUCUGCUUCUUGGAGACAGUGGGGCAAAGUUAGUCGUGAGUUUUCAGAGCUGCCAGAUCUUUCGCAAGAUCUACACCAGGCUCAGAUGACCAUACAGCGCAUGAUUCAUUUUAUAUACCAGCUCCAACAUUAUGUUAUUUUUGAAGUACUCGAGUGUUCAUGGAAGAAGCUAGAAGACAAUAUUCAAAAUCAUAGUAUUGAUCUUGAUUCGAUCAUUAAGUCUCAUGCAAGCUAUCUAAGCGAGAUCACUCAAAAGGGCUUCUUGAGUGGGCCAAAGAAAAAAGAAUUGGCAGAUCGGUUGAAUGACUUGUUUGAUUGUAUCCUGAAAUACAAGGUUGUGCUUGAUCACCUCCAUGGGUAUGCCUCAAAUGAGGCUGUCAGACGGCAUAGCAAGUACGCUCUAGAAGGCGACAGUGAUAAGCGAUUGAGCAGGAUUCGGCGAAACCACCAGGAUGUCGAAAACGCAUUUACAGCACAGGUCUUGCAGUUCUUGGACAUAUUGAAAUCCUAUCAUGAUGAAGACUUGAGGUCUCUAUCAACACGGCUAGAUUAUAAUGAUUUUUAUUCAAGUAAUCAAUAA